AUGUCUUCGGGUGGCGAUAGUCCCAGAGUGGACGAAGAUGAAGUUAGGGAUACAAUUGAAAAUGCAUCUUUACCAGGCGAAGAUAGUCCACCAUCGCUUGAAGAGGAUAAGCCGGACCUUGACAACGACGACGCGGACCUCUUUGGAUCUGGCUCUGAAGGCGGAGACGAUUCGCACGAAAAACCCCGACGAAAGCUUGACGAUGAGGAACUGGAUUCAGGCGACGAUGAAGGGCGCUGGGAUCGGCGUGAAUCCCCGAUGGACGAAGAUGGCGCGGAAUUCGGUGAGACGCUUAAUAUAAUGGACCUUAACCUUGGUCGCACUACAGAGCCGGAAUCCACGGACGGACAGUUCUAUACGCUGAAUAUGCCGAAUUUCCUGUCCAUUGAGUCCGAGGAUUUUAACCCUGAGACGUACGUUGCGCCGCCAUUUUCUUCCGCUUCAACUUCGCUUUGCUGGCGCUAUGACCCCAAGAAUGGAAAGGAUAUUCAAUCCAAUGCACGUAUCAUCCGCUGGUCAGACGGCUCUUUGACACUUCAACUUGCCUCAAACCCGACCGAACAAUACCGAAUGCCUCUGAAACCUCUGGGGCGACCUAAUAAUUCCUCUAAAAACGCUGAUUAUGACUCUGAAUUGGACUCGCAUGUCUAUCUUGGAGCUGCUGCAGAAGCUUCAUCAGUCAUCCGUAUCACUUCACACCUCACCGGACAACUUUCCGUUCUUCCUACUACAGUUGAAACAGAUGAUGCGGUUCAAAAACUACAAGAAUCAUUGGCAGCUGCAACCAGAACCGGCCGAAAGAAUCCUGAUGGCACUGUUGCUAUGUUCGAUGUCAAGGAAGACCCGGAACUUGCAAAGAAACAGGCCGAACAAGCUGAACGCGAGAAGCUUCGCGAGGCCCGACGACGACAGCUAGCUGCAGAUCGCGACCUCGAUCGUGGAAGGCGUGUAGGCCUCCCCGGAAGAACCGGUGGAGCUGGUCUUACGAUCGCUGGAUUAGAAGGUGACGACAUGCUCGCCACUCGAGGGCGCAUAGCUAAGAAACCCAGGCGUAAGCCCAACCGCCGUGGAGAAAUUUACACCGACGAUGAAGAGGGAUAUGGUCGCAGGGGUCGGACUCGUGAAGAUGAAUAUGACGAAGAUGACGGUUUCCUUGUCCGCAGCGACGAGGAAAUAGAGAUUGGAGAGGAGGAGGAAGAAGAAAUCCUAGAGGAAGACGAUAACCUAGAAGCAGAGGGUGAAACAGACGACGAGAUUUCUGCUCCACAUAAGAUGGCCACUCGUGAAAAUGAGAAGUCUCCGAAACGACCUCUCGAGGAUGGUGAAGAACCGGAAGGGGCCAAAGCGGGCACUCCCCCAGUGAGAAAGAAGAAUCGAUACGUUGUGGAAUCUGAUGAGGAUGAGUAA